UUUUCGCGUGAGCUGGAGGCAUGUCGGUGUCAUUCCUUAUCUCACCGCCGGCAUUGUCUCGAUGCUCAUGCGUGUAUACGUUGCGUUCGUUGCAUUAUGCGCGGCAAUGGCCAUGGAAGUGGAUGUUCACGCGCCACCGCCUGCUCUGCGCGCACUUGAAAUGUCGGCCACCACUGCUCCCUCAAACGACAUCGAGCGGGUUACCACCCUUCUUGCGAACCUGGCACGCCUCCCGUCAACGGCGGAGCAGGACCGCGCAAUUCAAGAUGCUCGACCCGUAUUUAUCCGUGUCGAUAAGGACAAGCUCAUGCAACUCCUCCAGGAAGUGCCGACGGCAGUUAAGGACCGGGUCGUGGUUGCGUCGCUCCAGGGUGACGCUGGUGAAAUUGGCUUGACGGCACAUGAAAAUCGAGGUAUUGUGGCGGCGAUUUCACCGUACUUUGGGAGCGGUAUGGUGUUGGGGCUCAUCGUACUUGUACUUGCCCUCGCGAUCCGUGCAUUCAACCCCUAUCGCGAGCUCGCGUCCGACGCUGCGAUUAUUGCACACGUCUUGGACAAGCUCCAGGAGGAUGAUCAAAAGAGUGCGUCAUGCGCAACGCAAACGUCAACGUCACAGGCAGACACCCCCACCUCGACGUCUGCGAUUCUUGGGAAGGCUCUCCCGAUGCCUUCGACGACUCUUGCCGUGGUGUAGGCUUGCCACGCCGCCGCCGACUCCUUUAACUUAUUGACUCAAUAUGUAUUAUUCAUCAAAUGGAGUCCUCGUU